AUGUCAAGAAACCCACCACCAUCAAAAAUAACAACAGAUGAACAAAAACUGCUAGCAGUCAAUAAUAACAAAACAACAGAAAUUCGAAUAAAAAAUACGAUUGGCCAAGUGAUCGUUGGUAUUUUAGAACAGAAUGAAACGAAACCGUCUGCUUCAUUGGUGUCUAGUACUCGUGGUGCGAGAAUCGGGUUGAUUUGCCAUGGGUUAUUUGGGCACAAAAAUUACUGUUACCAAGAACAACUGGCCAAAUCUCUUCCAUUUGAUAAUUUUCGAUUUGACUUUCGUGGAAGUGGUGAUAGCGAAGGUGAAGCAUUGUUUGAAAGUUUGCAGGAAGACUUUGAUGAUAUCGAAACCGUGUUUAAUUAUCUUGUUAAAGAGUACGGGUAUAGACCUUUUACAAUAAUAGCACACUCUAAAGCGGCAGCAACGGUUCUCUCAUACGCAGCAACAAGGAACCGUACAUUACCUCACAUAGUAAACGUGUCUGGAAUGUAUUAUUUGUCAGAUUACCUGAAAAUGUUACCGAAACAGCUUCACGAUGCAUUAGAGACAAGAGGGACUUACGAUUGGGAGAUGAAAAGUGCGAACAAGACCUUAAAGAUUCGAACUACUACGGAACAUGUCAAACGAUUUGUUAAUUCUCCUGUUCAUUUAGUUGCAACUAUGCCAGAAAGUACCUCUGUUUUAACUAUUCAUGGUACUGCAGACGAGCAAAUUUCACUCGAAAAUGCCGUGAAAUAUGCAAACCUGAUUCCAAACCACACUCUUAAAUUCAUUAUUGGCGCAACACACACUUAUAAAGAUCACACUAAGGAGAUAGUCGCCGAGAUUUGUGAGUACUUUUCCACCACAUCUUUAACUCAACGAUUUUUUCAACGGAAUCGGUGGUUGGAUGGAGGUGUGGUUCCGCGCGUUAUUAACGUUGAAGGGUUCUUGAAUUUUUGUGAUUUUGGUGGGUGGAGGUGCACGGAUGUUAACGGUGAUGGCGCUAACAUUGACGGAGUUAGUGAAAUGUUUGUUCGUGAGAGAUAUAUGUUUAAAUGUGGAGAGUUAACAAAAAUUACGCAAGAAGGAAUAAAAGCACUUCAUAGACUAAACAUUAAAAAGAUUUUCGAUAUUCGUUCGAGCGUUAGUUCCGAACUUGAGACACAGGACAUCAAAAACAUUGACGGAAUUGUGCAAACAACUGUUUUCGUAGAAACUGAAUAUACAUCAGAUGAGUUAUUCGAACCAUGGAAUACAUGGAAUUUACAAGAAAUUGCAUUGGGAUUUCUCCAAGCUCUAAAAGAAGGAGCAGAAGCCUACGCCAAAAUAUUUCGCCACGUUCUCGAAAACCCUUACACUCCAUUUGUAAUACAUUGUAGCGUGGGUCGUGACAGAACUGGAUUGUUUGUAAUGUUAGCGUUGAAAUUGGCAGGUGUUUCCGAUGAAGUUGUUGCGCGUGAAUAUGAGAUGACAAUGGCGGGAAAGUUUGAUGAGCAUGGGAAAUUAGAAAAUUCUACUGUCUCUAAAUCUGAAUCUCCUCAAACUGCAAGUUACGAGUCCAUGAUCCAAACGCUCGUCGAGUUUCAUAAAACAUAUCAUUCCGCUGAGAAUUUUCUCGUUAAUGAGUGUGGGUUUUCAGUGGUUCAAGUCAAGAGAAUUAGAAGUAACUUAGUUCACAUGUACUUGGUGGUGUCUGAUAUUCAGGCAUACAACGCGAUAGCAAACUCAGGAAUAGGAUUGAAAAAAUCAGUUUAUCGAAUGAAAUUAUUGAAAAUUCUUGUACAACCGAUACAACAGUCGCCGCCCGAUUUGCGUUGUAACGAACAUGGACAAAUAUAUGAAACUUAA